GUCAUGUUCAACUUCUCCCUCCUCAAAAUGUUACACUACUGUCGAAGGAUUUUGACAUGAUUUUGACGUGGGCUCCAGGAGGAGACUCUCCACCAGAUGUGGUGUACACUGUGAGGUAUGCAAGCCAGGAACGCAGGAGCCAAUGGAAAAAGGUUCCUCACUGCAAAAACAUUGUCAGAACCUCUUGCAACCUGACUUGUGUGUAUCCAGAUGUCUAUGUUAAAAUCCAGGCUCGGGUCAAGGCUGUUUUGGGACGACUUCAGUCGCCGUGGGUGGAAUCACAGUCCAAGGACUACCACUCUGCUGUGGAACUGGCUCCCCCCGUGCUGAACGUGAACGUCAAGGAGGAUUUAAUGCACAUAAAUGCCUCCUUCCCCCUGCCCCUCUGUGUGGAGAGUCUCCUUUGGGGAUAUGACUUGAACAUUUGGAAGGCUGGAUCUGAUGACAAGAAGAAAUAUGAAGGCAACUUCAGGAAGGAGACACUGACCUUAAACACCACUGCACUCCGAGGCAUCUACUGCCUGAGUGCCAGAUCCUUCUAUGAGAGCAUCAACAUGAAGUACAGUGAAUUCUCCCAGCCAGUGUGUGUGCCCCUAAACCACAGAGUGGAGUGGAAGGUCGCGAUCCUUGUGGUUGUCCUCCCCAUCUUUCUGACCAGUCCCUUCAUCAUCUGCUUGCUGAAACAAGAUGCCAAGCAAAGGAAGAUGCCUCAGGCUUUGGAUUUCUCUCAUCUGAAAGCUGCUGGACCAGCCUUUUACUUGGAGCCCAGUGAAAAGGAAUUCUGCAGUGAUGAUCUGAGCUGCACAGAGAAGCUAAUGCCACAAAGGAAGACAAACAAAGCUUUAGCCAGAAACAACCUACCAUGGAUGGCUUCUUUCCUAUCAUCAUCGUCGUCGUUGUCGUCGUUGUCGUCGCUGACCCCCUGUGAGGAGGAAGACAGCAGCACCUUCAUCCCAUACAACAAAGUGACUCGGCUUCCAAAGAGACAUCUCAACUACCAACCAUCCCAAUCAGCUCAGGGGGAAACUAGCUUGGAUUCAGGAACUGGAGGUCUCUCUGUGGCCAGUGAAUCUGUGCUUGACCUCAGUACCUUGGGCUUCUCUUUCUUUCCAAAGGCAGAGAAUGAGGUGGACACCUCGGGAUCCCAAGCAAAUGAGGAGACAUCCCUUUCUCACAGCUCCUCUUUAGGAAGAAUAUCCCUCACUGAUGUGAGAUUCCCAGGUGCCAGUGAACACAAACAGCACGAGGCAGAGGUGGAUGAAUGCCUGGAAAUGACUCCCCUUCAACCCCUGACAGAGAGGCUUUGUGCCAAACAUCCACCUGAUGAGCACUACCUGCACAGGAAGUCUCAGCAUCUCACCAAGUAUUACCAGAAAUCAAUAGCUGAUCUGCAGGUCCAGAUCAGUGCAGCAUCCCAGCCCCGAGAGGUUCCCAACAUCCAGCUGCUCAUCCCUUUCCACACGCUGCAGGUGGCAGAAGAUGAAGGUAUUGCCAGUGACUGUGACAGUGACACUUGUACCGAAGGGACACCACCCACACCCACAGUGCUGAGUGACACCUUUGAAACUUCACAUGUGGAGGAGAAACAUGAUCAGAAGUUUCAAUUCAGAGGCUACCAGCACAGACAUUACAUGGCAAGGACCUAG